UGAAAUUCAGAGCACAUGGGAUGAUAACCUCAAUGCUUUUAUUUCAACUGAUUUAUUACAAUAAUGAAUUUGCAAAAAUUAAUUUAUUUGGAAAAUAGAAUUACAUUCCAAAAUUGAAGGAACUUGUAAACUGCGAUCUAUUCUGUUAGAUUUCUAAAUCAGCCACAAAACCCUAGAAAUCAAUCGCCACAGCCUUAAGUAACCCAGCCCUCAAAUUUUUGGCCUUUUUAUUAAUUUAUCAUUAUUAUUUUUGUUUUGGGGUUAUUUUUGUUUAAUGUUGAUUUUGAGCCCCAUUUUUUGCGCUUAAUACCAAGCAUUGGUGGAGUGAAAAUCAAUAUUGAGUUUUAAUUGGAUAAAAAUGUUAUGUUCUACUUUGGUUAAUUACGAUUCAAUAAUAGUGGUCGCCUAUUAGAUUUGCUUUUGAAAUAUCAAUUUUUUGGUUUCACAUUACUCUAGUCUUUGCUGGAGAGUCUAUAACUAUACUGAAAUAUUGCCAUUGGAUUAUUUAGUUGAUUCUGAUUUUUGGGUAAUUUCUACAGUUCAAAGGUAAUUAAGAUUGUUAAUCGGAUAUAAUUUUUGAUUUGAGCUUGAAAUUGAGGGUGAAGAGAGUUUGGGUUUUACAAAUCAAGAAUUAGAUUACAGACUUCUUGAAUUUAGGGUAGCUUCAACAGUUGAUUUUGUGCGGAUGAGAGGAGGGGGGAGAUGAGAGGUGAAAUUUUGGACUUGACGGGACAACAAUGACUACAGGGUCAUUGGGUCUUCGAUCUUCGGGAAGUUAUGGGUCAUUGCAACAACAGCAAUUUCAGAGUAGUUUCUUGUCAUCUCCAAUCCAAACGACGCCUCCACCUCUGGUGCCAAGAAAGCCUGCCAAGAUGCUCAAGGAAAAGGACAAAUUUUUUCAUUGGAUCUGCAAAUUCGCUCCCCGGAAGAAGGUUGGAAUGCUGCUCUUGUGUCUUGUUUCAGCUGCAGUUUUCGUCUGGGUUUUAUAUGUUGGAAAAGGUGAAGAUUCACAAGAACCAAUUUUGUCAAAUAUGAGUAUUAAAUCCGCUUUGAUAUCUAGGGAGAAAGAUAGUCAUACUGCGGCUUUUUCCUCUAAUGUAAACAAUGUUGUGGGAAAUGCAAAUCUAGACCCCCUACCUCUGCCUCCAUAUCCGCCACCUCCUGUGUAUUUUACAGGAUAUAUUCUUCCUCCUGGGAAUCCAUGUGAGGGUUUUACAUUGCCUCCACCACCUGCAGAUAGAAAGAGGACUGGACCACGUCCAUGUCCAGUAUGCUACCUUCCUUUGGAACAAGCUAUUUCCCUAAUGCCAGCUGCACCAUCCUUUUCUCCCGUGCUUAAGAAUUUGACAUAUAUUUAUGAAGAGAAUUUAACUAGAACCGAGUUUGGAGGCUCUGAAUUCGGUGGAUAUCCUUCAUUGAGAGAGAGGAGUGAUUCAUAUGAUAUAAGAGAGUCCAUGGGCGUCCAUUGUGGGUUUGUUAGAGGAGCCAAACCUGGCCGCCAGACAGGUUUUGACAUUAACGAUUCCGACCUUAUUGAGAUGGAAAGUUGUCAAGGGGUUGUUGUCACAUCCGCAAUUUUUGGAGCAUUUGAUUUAAUACGACAACCAAAGAACAUUAGUAUGUAUGCCAUAAAAAAUGUCUGCUUCCAUAUGUUUGUGGAUGAAGAAACAGAAGCAUUUUUAAUCAAUUCUAAUGAGCUGGAUAGUAGCAAGAAAAUUGGGUUAUGGAGAAUAGUAGUUGUUCGCAACCUACCUUACUCUGAUCCGAGGCGGAAUGGAAAGAUUCCGAAGCUUUUACUUCAUAGGCUUUUCCCUAAUGCCCGAUACUCACUAUGGGUUGAUGCAAAACUUGAACUGGUUGUGGAUCCAUAUCAGAUUCUCGAAAGGUUCUUGUGGAGGAAAAAUGCUAGCUUUGCAAUUUCGAGGCAUUAUAAGCGUUUUGAUGUGUUUGUAGAAGCAGAAGCUAAUAAGGCCGCUGGGAAGUAUGAAAAUGCCUCCAUUGACUUCCAGAUUGAUUUCUAUAAAGGCGAGGGUUUAACCCCAUUUUCUGCUGAUAAAUUUCCUAUUACAAGUGAUGUUCCUGAAGGAUGUGUUAUACUACGGGAGCACAUUCCAAUCUCCAACCUCUUCACCUGUCUUUGGUUUAACGAAGUGGAUCGUUUUACUUCCAGAGACCAAAUUAGUUUUUCGACUGUUAGGGACAAGAUUGCUUCAAAAACGAAUUACACUAUCAAUAUGUUCUUGGAUUGUGAAAGGCGCAACUUCGUGGUGCAGGGGUACCACAGAGACUUGCUUGAGAACUGGGCUUCCCCUCCUCCAGACGCGAUUGUUCUUGUUCAUCCUCCACCCCCAUUUAUCGAUGAAAAACUGAACUCCCCACCUGGGACUGUUACUGACAAUAUUGUAAGUAGCCCAGUCAAGAAGGUUCCUACAAAGCGUGGGAGAGACCGGAAAUCGAGGCAUCAUCGGAAAGUCAGUGCUGGCAGCAAGGGUAUCACUGCUACUUAAAAAAUUUUGUUCUAGGCGAAUUUUUAUUCUUUCCUACCCCGGUACAAGAUAAUUCAUUCCAGGGAUAGGAAUUUGUGCAAGUUGAGCCUUGUAGUUAUGCUUCUACACAGCAGCUUUUAUUUUUCUUUUCCAUAAAUUUUGAAAAAGAUACAAUAUUUAAUUAUCCAUUUUUUGUUGUACAUAUUCACAAGUUUUCUAAUAAUAAUAAUAAUUAUCAGUGGUUGCUUCA